UUUCGUGUUUCUUGGGUCAUCACAUUGACUUUAAUAUGACGGUUCUACAUCUGUGCUUAUUCGCGACUUUUUGGAGAGCUGUGCAUGCUAUCCAUCCAGAUUGUGCUAUUAUCUCCCAGCUUAUCCAAGACCAAGAGAUCUGCAUCAAAAAUAGGAAGAGAGAAAUGAAGAACCAGUCUCAACAAAAAGGUUGUGGGACGGAUUGGGAUGGGAUCCGCUGCUGGCAUACAGCCAAUUCUGGACAACUAAUCAAUGUGUCCUGUUCGGAAGUCUUCCAGCAUAUAUUUAACACUCAAGGUUUUAUAUACAGGAACUGCACGGCUCAUGGCUGGAGUGACCCAUAUCCUCCAUAUGACGAGGCCUGUGUAUUUGAAGAUGAUUCAGAGUCGGGGACUGUGACAACUUACUUAUCGACUUUGAAACAGCUGUACACUGCAGGAUACGCAACAUCGCUUAUAUCACUCAUUACAGCCGUUAUCAUAUUCACAUGCUUCAGGAAGUUUCACUGUACCAGAAACUACAUACACAUCAAUCUGUUUGUUUCCUUCAUCCUGCGGGCUAGUGCAGUCUUCAUCAAAGACGCCGUUCUGUUCUCAGAUGAAACUCAGGACCACUGUUUAAUGUCCACGAUAGCGUGUAAGACUGCCGUAACCUUCUUCCAGUUCUGCAUCCUCAGUAAUUACUUCUGGCUGCUGGUGGAGGGCAUGUACCUGCAGACGCUCCUCGCCCUUGCCUUCGUCUCGCAGAGGAAGUACUUCUGGUGGUACAUUCUGAUAGGAUGGGGCGUCCCAUCAGUUGUGCUGAUUGUGUGGGUGUUGACCAGACAAUUCUUUGAUAACAGAGGAUGUUGGGAUGACACAGAUAAUAUGAAUAUCUGGUGGAUCAUUAAAGGACCGAUCACAGCAUCACUGUUUGCUAAUAUCAUCAUCUUCCUAAAUGUGAUUCGAAUCUUGGUUCAGAAAUUGAAAAGUCCUGGAGUUGGUGGCAAUGACACAGGUCACUUCAUGAGACUGGCCAAGUCCACCUUGUUUCUGAUUCCUCUGUUUGGGAUGCACUACACUGUGUUUGCCUUUCUGCCAGAAAACACGGGUGAAAUUAUCCGAUUCUACAUCGAACUCGGCCUGGGCUCCUUCCAGGGCUUUGUGGUGGCACUUCUUUAUUGUUUUCUCAAUGGAGAAGUACAGGCAGAGUUGAAGCGCAGGUUAUGGACGUGGCACACCCAGACUCAUCUGAGCCCCAGUAAAAAGCGUCGGGUCACUGUUACUCAGAUCAUGAUGCAUGAGACUGCUCAUCCACAGACUGACGUCUGCAACGGCUACAUCACGUCUGUGUGAACACACCUGGAGGGUGCAGGCGGAAAGACACGCUAAAGACUUCAAGAGCUUCCCGCUCAGCUCCGGAGAGUGGAAGACGGUCACAUGAGAGGAAACAGGUACCCGUACAGCACUUAUCAAGGUCAUGUUGAAAACACCAGAGUUAUGGAUUUGUAAAACUACAACCAGAUGUUAGAGUUCAUGACACAGCAAGUGUGUGGAGGCUUGAUUUGAUUGAGGACCAGCUGAUAAUGAAAAUGGCCUGGUCCUGAUGGUGGCUUUUUUGGGAAAUGGCUGAUUAACAUUUGAAAAAUCUGAUUGUAUAUCAGUAUUUGAUUUUGGUAUGCAAAUGAGAGUGAUUAUAAAAUGUUAAGAAUUUUUAUUUACAUCCUCAUUCCAAGUUAGAUGAGCUAGAUGGCGUAAACUGUAAACUGAUAAUAACACAAUUCAUAUUUAUCAGUUUGGAGGCAUUUCAUUUUUACAGUUAUUAAUAAGCUAUUUAUUAUUGCUGAUGGCAAGGUGUG